AUGUAUGAAUUCUUUCUGCAUAAAUAUAAUCUAUCUAUCUAUCUAUCUAUCUAUCUUAUCUAUCUAUCUAUCUAUACUGAAAAUUCUGAAGAGAAAGAAACUGCAGGUACUAUAGAAGAUGCUGAAGGCACAAAAGAUGCUGAAGGCACUAAAACUGCUGAAGAGGUUGCAAAUGCUGAAAGCACCAGAGAUACUGAAGAGGCUAAAAAUGUGGAAGACACUGGAGAUGCAGCAGAUAAUACAAAAGCACAAGAAAUACCCAAUGAAGAGGUUAUAGAUAUUGACCUCAAUGACCCAGAGGUGGCAUGUGCUGCUAGCAAGAUCCAGGCAAGUUUUAGAGGUCAUAAAACCAGGAAAGAUCUGCUUAGUAAGCAACAAUCAGAACAUCUAGAAAAUGAAAAAGAUGCUAACAACAGUGCAAUUACAGAAGACAAUGCUAUCGACAUUGACCUAACUGACCCAGAGGUCAGUGCUGCUGCUACAAAAAUUCAAGCAAAUUUUCGUGGUCAUCAGACCAGGCAAAAACUUAAAGACACUCCUAAGGUGACUCCUUCAGCUGCUGACAUACAUUCUGAACCAAUAGAGGAAGAAACGCCAAAAAUCAAGCAAGAAGAAAUUGAUAUUGAUUUGACUGACCCUGAGGUAGAAGCAGCAGCUCAAAAAAUCCAAGCCUCUUUCCGAGGACACAUGAAAUUCAAAAGAAAGCAGACUAUAAGCCAAGAAGAGAAUCAAGAGAAAGAGACCAUCACCAGUGAAAAAGAUAAAGUAGAAAAAAUAAGUUCAGCAAUAAGCAGUUCACCAGUUUCAAGUGAAGGCAGCAGUGUACAGAAAGUGAGACAAGACGAAGGUGUGACUGAGGGAAAAGAGAAGGAAGAAAAAGUGGCAGAUAUGAAACCAACCGAGCAAACUGUAGAGAAAGUUAAGGAGAGUGGAUCAGGUGAAGGUGACAAAGUAAACAAAAAUGAAGGAAAGACCACUGAGGUAAAAAUGCAAGAAGUGCCUGCUGAGAUGAAAACCACUGUGACCCCCCAGGCAACAGAAGCUGAAGAAAUUGAUAUUGACCUUAAUGACCCUGAUGUUGCUGCUGCGACUAAAAAGCUCCAGGCCGGCUUUCGUGGUCGUCUAAAUCGAAGAAAGAAAGCCAAGGAGGAUGCCUUAGCAGCUUCAACGGAGAACAGCAGCUCAAAUCCAACUCCAACACCAACUUCACAAACUCCGACUCCAGUCGAAGUCCAUUCAACUGUGGCUAAGUCAAGUGAAAUUGAUGACAUAAAUCUAAAUGACCCUGAAUUAGCUGCUGCUGCCGUGAAGAUUCAAGCCAGUUUCCGUGGACAUAUUACCAGGAAGACUGUAAUGAAGAACGAAGAUGUGGAUCCAGCAAGUGAGGAAACCAUGUCUCAAAAAUCUGAUAGUGCCACAGCUGUUCAGGAUGCUACUGGUGACCAGGGACAGAAGGAUGACAAGUCUAUCAACUAUGAGGAUCCACAGGUCCAACUGGCUGCCACUAAAAUCCAAGCUGGCUUUAAGGGCUACCAAACUCGCAAGAGCCUAAAGAAGCAAGCAGGGAAUUCGGAGGAUCUUGAAAAGGACAGUGGAUCCUAA